UUGAAUCAGUACAUAGGACUGUAAAAGAACUGCAGUUUAUAAAGAUCUUCAGAUAUGGCCAGACGCAUUUUAACACUCCUUGGAAAUCAGCCUAGGCAUUCUGCAUUUUUGAAAUAGUUGUUGCCUUGACCAAAUGAAAUGGACAGGGCAUCUUUGGACAAAGGAGCCUCAAGUUUACAUAAAAGGAGGGUGCGGCCCCUCUGGGGGCAGAGGUGUGGGACCCAAUUGGGGGAAAUACAGACUUCGCCGACAUAUAGCAAUAGAGGGUCCUCCGUGGGAUAUUGAAAAUAUUUCUGUGUUGAUCUCAAGAUUGAUUGAAAGGAAUAUGAUGGGGACAGAGGAGGACAUUCGAUUCAGGAGGAGAGCAUUACUUAUACGUGAAUGCAUAAUUAACACUACCAGCAGUGAUUGUAAUAUACUGAUGUGCGGAAGUCAAAGUGAAGGACUUUACAUGCUUGGUUCAGAUUAUGACUUCAUGUAUGUAAUCAAUAAUGUGGUGGCCUUGUAUCUUGGACAGAUUGUUCCUCCAGAAGACGCACACAAGACUGUGCUGUAUGUGAGAGAGUCUGACUGCCGACCUGGAUAUGUGACCUUACAGUUCAAUCAUAUUGGACCAAUUAGGGAUAUCCCUCUAUGUAAUUCACUUGUACCAGUUGGAAAUGUUAUAUUUGUCUCUAGUGACAUGUACAGAGAACAAAUUGUCAACCAACGAACAACGCAAACAGGAAUUCGUCAUGUAUCUAAUGGUCCAAGCUGUUCAGUUGAAGAUUUUGAUUUUGUCCAUUGCUUUCACUUUAACAGUUGGCCAAGGGAGGCUUACCAAUGGGUGACACGUCCACGCCUGUAUGGAUGGCCAACACAAGCAUUGAUUGACAAAAUUGUACAAAGUGGUUCUCAUCUUGUCCCAGUAGGGGACAAAUGUUCCGAAGACACGCUUUUACAGUGGCGGAUAUCGUUUGCGUCAGCGGAGAUACUAUUAGUUCACUCUUUUAGUCACAUACAAAUGAAAACGUACUGUUUCCUGAAAUAUUUCUUAAAACAAAUGAAAGAUACACUUCGAGAUAUCAUUGGGAAAGAAGAUGAUGAUAUUUUGUGUUCUUAUCAUUUACAUAAGUAUUGCAGUGGAACACUCAAAUCCGAAGCUCUGGCAAGAACAAAAUCUGUUUUAUUGUUUCUGGUUUUGCUUCAACAUUCUGAUCUCUUGUGUUAAAGUAGGACACUUUCCAAAGUACUUCAUCCCUACCAAUAACAUGUUCCAGAGAAAGGUUCAUGGAGAAAAUCAACAAAAACUAUUACACAUGCUGAACAUAUU